AAGCCGUUUGCCGAAUAGGUUGCGUACCCUCUCCUUCUCUCUCUACCUAUCUGAAAACAUGUCUAUGAUCACGGUGAAGAUUCGCUCUUCAGUUGGAUCAACCUUUGAACUCCAGAUCGAGCCCGAUGGUCUCACCGUCGGCGAUCUCAAACAGCUUUUAACUGACCAUAUAGCUGGCGCUACAGCUGCCGAUCUUCGGCUCGUGUACUCUGGACGCAUCUUGAAGGAUCCUGAUACGCUCUCUUCUUAUGACAUUCGUGAUGGACAUGUUAUUCAUGUCGUCAAAAGUGGAAGCAGCAAAGCACAGGGACCUACUAGUCCUACCUCAACGACACAAGCGUCGACCACACCCAUCUCUCCGUCUGUUGGAGCAACGCAGGAAAGCAGAUCUCCCACCAACCCGCCUUUUGCAAGUGGUCUUGGCGGUUUUGGCGGACUUGGUGGCAAUAUGCCAGACCCAGAGACCAUGCGAGGCAUGAUGGAGUCUCCUAUGAUGCAGAGUAUAAUGAAUAAUCCAGAAAUGAUGCGAUCUAUAAUGAUGAGCAAUCCUCAAAUUCGGGCUAUGAUUGAACAGAACCCCGAGAUUGGUCACGUCAUUAACGACCCAAACUUCUUGAGGCAAUCCAUGCAAAUGAUGAGGAACCCAGAAUUAAUGCGAGAAAUGCAACGAAACAAUGACCGAGCCCUAUCCAACAUUGAGGCUAUUCCUGGUGGUUUUAACCAUUUGAGACGCAUGUACAGUACACUGCAGGAUCCUUUGGAAUCAGCUGCUCGUUCAUCAGGCCCGGAAUCGGAAGAAGCUAGUCAAAGACUGGCUGAAAGACUGAACGUCCAAAAUGUGCCAGAGAACCAACUCAACACGCAGGCAUUACCAAACCCAUGGGCACCCGCUAGCAACACUCGACAAACGUCUCCCAGCUCUCAACCACCCUUUGCAGCUAACCCAUUUGCCGCCUUGGGUGGUGGUGGCGGUCUUUCGUCAUCGCCAUUUUUCAAUAUGAAUCCUACUAAUUCAGGUACAAGUGGUGGUAACCAGACAAAUGACAACACUGGGACCAAUUCACCGCCACUUUGGAUGAAUCCUGAUUUUAUGCAGUUUAGUAUGCGUAUGCAACAAAUGAUGCAACAGCAGCAACAACCGCAAACGGAGGGAGGGAAUACAACGCCUACACCGUUCCCAAUGUUCAAUCCUUUCGGCAUGACACCACCCAGCAGCAGUACAACCAAUACCCCCAGCCAACCACCAGAACAACGAUUUGCAUCUCAAAUCACUCAGUUGGAAGAAAUGGGAUUUUCCGAACGUGAUCGUAACGUUCGAGCUUUAUUAGCAACGGGAGGGGAUGUUCAAGCCGCCAUCGAAUACCUUUUGUCUCAAUAAUUAUUGUAAUAUAGAACACUUCAAGUUCAUUAAAGCAUAUAUAAGCUUGGCGUAUGGGUGUGCGAGUGAA